CCGUCAUGUUCAGUGCCACAACAAAAAUGGCUGUCGGACAUCAGAUAAAAUGCUGGGCUGGCCAUAAAUGUGCCUGAAGGUCCUCCCGAAAUAAACACAUCGGGGUCCUAUUUAGCUGUAUGCUAGUCGACGACACGACGUUACGAGAUAUUUAUUUGCGCAUCUGAGGAGCACUGUGAUCAAAAACACAACAUCAACAUUUUACCUUUAGAUUUCUGGAGGAAUGUUCAACCAAGUGCCGUUCAAUCGGUUCGCUCAUUUACGUUCCUAGUGGCCCAUUAUUGGUGUUUUCCAACGACGAAGGAUUGACUUCAUUUUGCAUCGAAAGCGGGAGGGGUUCAUGUGCAGCAAUGUCUGGCAUUGCGCUUAGCAGACUGUCCCAGGAGCGCAAAGCCUGGAGAAAAGAUCACCCGUUCGGUUUUGUUGCUGUCCCUACUAAGAAUCCAGAUGGAACCAUGAACCUGAUGAAUUGGGAAUGUGCCAUUCCUGGAAAGAAAGGCACCUUGUGGGAAGGAGGACUGUAUAAACUCAGGAUGCUGUUCAAGGACGACUACCCCUCCUCGCCGCCCAAAUGCAAGUUUGAGCCACCAAUAUUCCAUCCAAAUGUCUACCCGUCUGGCACCGUGUGUCUGUCCAUCCUGGAGGAAGACAAAGAUUGGAGGCCCGCUAUCACCAUCAAACAGAUUCUUUUGGGAAUCCAGGAGCUGCUGAACGAGCCCAACAUUCAAGAUCCAGCACAAGCGGAGGCCUACACAAUCUACUGUCAGAACCGAAUGGACUACGAGAAGCGGGUCAGGGCCCAGGCCAAGAAGUUCGCACCCACAUAGGUCAGGCCGGGCAGCGGGACUCGAUAGAGGUGGCAGAGCAGAAGGUGAAGGACCACUCCGACGAGGAUCCACUUUUCUGUACUGUUACGCCGUUUCAUAGGUGGCAUGUCAAAGAUAACCCAAGUACUUGUAAAUUGGUUGUAAAGUAAACGGAGGAGGCAGGCCGUCCAGGGGCAACGAGGAGGUGAAGCGUUUGAGAAAAAGCUCACCUCUUUGCUCGAUGCAACCGGUUUCAUUUCCCCCCUGUAAAAUCCUUGACGCACAUUUGGGAGCAAGCAGAAGACUCGCGAGGUUUUCGCCAACAGAUAACAGAACGCAUGUACAUACUAUAAAUAAAUGAAAUUGUGAAAGUUAUGUUUUAUAUUGUUUUAGCCAGUUGACAUUUGUGUGGUACAACGAUGAUGAAGAAGGUGUAUUCAUGUCAAAUAAAAUUGAAUAAAAACAAA